CCUCAGGAAAGUAGCUAGCUCGCUAUCUUAAGCUUGGACAAGUUCACCAUACUCACUUAUUAUUGAUUGUAUACAUAACGACUCCGGCCAAAGAUCUGCCACCAACCCCUCCGCCGCAAGAUAAGCAAAUGGAGUACUCCAUCCUCCAAACCGUCCUUUACCUCGCCCUCCCUCUUCUCCUCCUCCUCCUUCCCAUCCUCACGCGCCGCCGCAGCCGCCUCCCACUCCCGCCUGGGCCCAAGGGCUUGCCCAUAAUCGGUAACAUGCUGAUGAUGGACCAGCUCACUCAUCGCGGGCUUGCCAAGCUAGCCCAGCAGUGGGGCGGAAUCUUCCACAUGAAAAUGGGGAACCUCCACAUGGUGACGGUGUCGUCCCCGGAAGUGGCGCGGCAGGUCCUGCAGGUUCAGGACAACAUCUUCUCCAACCGCCCCGCCAACAUCGCAAUCAGCUACCUCACCUACGACCGCUCCGACAUGGCCUUCGCCCACUACGGUCCUUUCUGGCGCCAGAUGCGCAAAAUCAGCGUCAUGAAGCUCUUCAGCCGCAAGCGGGCCGAGUCAUGGGAGUCCGUCAGAGACGAGGUUGACUCCAUGGUCUCCACCGUUGCCGCCAACUCCGGCAAGCCCAUGAACGUCGGGGAGCUCAUCUUCACCCUCACCAUGAACAUCACGUACCGGGCGGCUUUCGGCUCCAAGAACGAGGGCCAGGACGAGUUCAUCAAGAUUCUCCAGGAGUUCUCCAAGCUGUUUGGGGCUUUCAACAUUGCUGAUUUCAUCCCCGGGCUAGGAUGGAUGGACCCACAGGGCCUCAACUCUAGGCUUGUCAAGGCCAGAGUUGCUCUUGAUAUAUUUAUUGAUAAAAUCGUGGACGAGCACCUGGAGAAGAGGAGGCUAAACCAGGCGGACGAUUCUAACCCGGACAUGGUAGACGAGUUGCUGGCUUUCUACGACGACCAAGAUGCCAACAACAACAGGAACAAGAACAAGGCUACCGAUAACUCCGCCGACUCUCUAAAGCUUACCAAGGACAACAUCAAAGCCAUCAUCAUGGAUGUUAUGUUUGGUGGGACUGAAACCGUAGCGUCGGCAAUCGAGUGGGCAAUGACUGAACUGAUGAAGAGCCCGGAGGACCUGCGAGUGGUUCAGGAAGAGCUGGCGGAGGUUGUCGGCUUGGACCGCCGGGUUGAAGAGAGCGACUUCGAGAAGUUGAGCUUCCUGAAGUGCACGUUGAAGGAGACGUUGCGUCUCCACCCGCCGAUUCCGUUGCUCCUCCACGAGACGGCGGAGGAUGCGGAGGUGUGCGGCUAUUUCGUUCCGAAGAGGUCGCGGGUGAUGAUCAACGCGUUCGCAAUCGGGCGUGAUCGGAACUCGUGGCCCGACCCGGACACAUUCAAGCCGGCCAGGUUUCUCAAGGAAGGGAUGCCAGACUUGAAGGGGAGCAACUUCGAGUUCCUGCCGUUUGGGUCGGGUCGGAGGUCCUGCCCAGGGAUGCAGCUGGGUCUGUAUGCACUAGAUCUUGGGGUGGCCCACUUGCUCCACUGCUUUAAAUGGGAGCUGCCCGACGGGAUGAAGCCCAAUGAUUUGGAUAUGAGUGAUGUUUUCGGACUCACCGCUCCUCGGGCCACCCGACUCGUGGCUGUGCCCACUCCGAGGUUGACAUGCCCGCUGUAACUAUUGCUUUCUCAUUUGUAGACGAUUUUUUCUUCCUUAUUUUUUCUGAAACAAAAGAAUAUAUAUUUAUGAAUGAAGAAGAUACUCGAAUUAUAGGUGUCAAAACAAAACCCGACUCGAAUAAUCCGAUUGAUCAUAUCGAUUCGUAACCCGACCGCAAUCCGAAUCGACUUAAACCUAUGACCCGCAACUCGUCCGACCUGUAACUCGAUUGACCCGCAACCUGAUUAAUUCAAACAUGAUUGACCCACAUCCCGAUUAAACCCAUAACCCGAUUGACCUGAAACCGACUAACACACGACCCGCUCGAUUGACCUGAAUUAGUGUAUUAUAUAAUAUAUAGUCUUUCAACAAAGCUAUCAAUUAAAUAUAAAUAGAGUAAAUUUUGUAUUUGAUAAUUUUAUUAUCUUAUAACAAAUGGGAAAUUUUGAUAUUGUCCUAUUAUAAUAUAAAUAAUAAGAAGAAUUAUAAUGAUCAAAUUAUAAUACAAAUCCUAAGAUAAUCGGUUGAUUUGGCGGUGAUGAUGAGACUAAAAAUUCGCCAAGGCUCGAGAAAUGUAGGAAAUAUUGGCGGGUCUUUUAUCAAAAAGCAUGGGGUAUUUUGGAUGAAUGUUUGGCGGGUCUUCUAUAAAAAGUGGAUACGGUAACAACACAUAUAGGUGUUGUUACUACGACAACAUUGGUGUCAGCCAAUAGAAAGCUUCCAUUAGGUAGACUUUUGUCUUGGGAAGGGUUUGACCACUAUUUUCCGUGUAAACUUUAAUGAAUGGUAUGAUGGUGAAUUCAAUAAUAUUACUUUUCCCCCUUUUUCCCCUUCCGUUCCGUCCCUUACAAACUAGCGAUCCUUCCUCUCUCUCUCUCUCUCUCUUAUUUUGAAAUUGACAUUCAUCAUUUAUUAACUAUGAAUUUUUUAUUUAUUUCUGAUUACAGAUUUUGGUCACCGGAAUCUGGGAACCGAAAAGGUCGCCGAAAUUAGGUCGUCAGAUGUUGGAGUACCGCCACCAACAAACAAAUUUCAAGAACAAAUCAUGAUUCUGGAUGUUAGUGGCUGAAUUUCGAAGAUGGAGAUGAGGGUAGAAGAAUGCACACCAGAAGUCGCAUAAUGAAUACCAGAAUGCACAAAUGCAUACCAGUUAUGAAAUGCAUACUAGAAGCUACUAAAUCAAUACCACAAAUCUUUGAAUCGAUGCCACAAACCUAAAAAUCUAUACCAGGUACGAAUGCAUAACCGAAGUAACUCAAUCUAUACCAAAAACCUGAUAAUCAAAACUUGUUACGAGUGAAUGCCAUAAAUCACCAAAUCAAUAUAAAAAAUUGGUAAAUGCAUACUAGUAACCCAGGAAUGAAUACCAGUUACUAUUUAACAAUCCAGACCAGAACUUGCAUAAUCAACACCAUAAAUCGAAUAAUCAACACCAUAAAUCGCAUAAUCAACACCAAAAGCUUGCCAAUCCGUACUAUGACAAAUCAAUGCCACAAAUAACCACCAAUGGCAUAAACUUAAACAUCUUUACAAAAAGUAACCAAAUUGAUACCAUAAAUAAUAACUCAAUGUAGACUAGAAAUCUAAAAAUCAAUAUCCAAACCUAAAAAUAAAUGCCUUAUCCAUACCAGAACAUGCAUUAUCAGUACCAAUAAUAGCCUAAUCAAUAUUAAAAGCAUGUGAAUCUA